AUGUCGACCAAAGAAGUUGAAAGUGUGGAAAGCAUUUUGAACAAAUUACCCACGAAAGAUCGUAAUUUUUUAAUGCAAGUGCUAUACGGUAGAUUACCGCAUUAUAGAUUGGGUCCCAGCAAGGACAGUUUAAAAACCGUAACCGAUUUAGAGAUAGUCUCCUGCCAGUUCAGCUGCAAUGAGGAGCAGCUGCGCCCGCCCAGAAAGGUCACAGUGGGGCUUCUGCAGAACAAAUUACCCAUCGAUACGUGGGCUCCCAUUACAGAGAUGCGCAAGGCCAUGUACACGAUGGCCAAGGAAGUAUUAGAAGUCGCCCAUGCGGGAGGUGUUAACGUGUUUUGCUUCCAGGAAGCUUGGAAUAUGCCCUUCGCUUUUUGUACGAGAGAAAAGUUCCCUUGGUGCGAGUACGCUGAAGAAGCCGAGACUGGGCCUACCACGGAAUUCUUGAAAAAACUGGCUGGUCAGUACAACAUGGUCAUAAUCUCACCAAUUUUGGAAAGAGAUGUCCAACAUGGCGACGUUUUAUGGAACACCGCUGUGAUUAUUGAUAACCAUGGAGAUUACUUGGGAAAGCACAGGAAGAAUCACAUUCCUCGCGUUGGAGAUUUCAACGAAUCCACGUACUAUUUCGAAGGGAACACCGGGCAUCCCGUAUUUGAGACCGAGUUUGGCAAAAUAGCCGUGAACAUCUGCUAUGGUAGACACCACCCGUUAAAUUGGCUGGGAUUCGGCUUGAACGGAGCAGAAAUAGUCUUCAACCCGUCAGCUACUGUGGGAGCGUUGAGCGAACCUCUAUGGGGAGUAGAAGCCCGAAAUGCUGCUAUAGCGAAUUCGUACUACACGUGCGCUAUUAACAGGGUGGGAACUGAGGUGUUCAAAAACGAAUUUACUUCGGGAGAUGGGCGACCUGCUCACAAAGAUUUCGGGCAUUUUUACGGAUCUAGUUACGUGGCUGCUCCGGAUGGUACCAGAAGUCCCGGUUUGUCGAGGACAAGGAACGGUCUUUUGAUAGCUGAAUUAGAUCUCAAUAUGUGCCGGCAAGUGAGAGAUGUGUGGGGAUUUCAAAUGACUAGAAGACUAGAAAUGUACGCUGAGCUAUUAAACAGAAGCACAAAAAUGGAUUUCAAGCCUCAGGUUGUUAAGAAAAGUUCGUGA